AGGCCGCCACUACGCAGGCGCACUUCCCCACACUCCUCCCUCCCUGCUUCCUCUCACGCCCGGCCGGCCUUCACUUUGCGCAGGCGCCUUUUGAGGUAGCUGCCCAACGUGGUAGAGACGCUUUUCCCGCCUGGCCGCGGGGCGUGGCUCCUGUGCGCAGCUUGAUGACGACAUUUCGGCGCCGUGGCGGAAUGGCGGCUUCCAGCUGAGUCGGGCAAUGCUGUGGGUCCCACAGUGGUUUGCUAAGAAGGCCAUUUUCGACUCUUCACUGGAGGCUGCUAUGGCAUUCCCUCACCUGCAGCAGCCCAGCUUUCUACUGGCUAGCCUGAAAGCUGAUUCUAUAAAUAAGCCCUUUCCACAGCGGUGCCAAGACUUGGUUAAAGUCAUUGAGGAUUUUCCAGCAAAGGAGCUGCACACCAUCUUCCCAUGGCUGGUAGAGAACAUUUUUGGCAGCUUAGAUGGUGUCCUCAUUGGCUGGAACCUCCGCUGCUUACAGGGGCGUGUGAGUCCUGUGGAGUACAGCAUCGCGAUGGAAUUUCUUGACCCUGGUGGCCCAAUGAUGAAGUUGGUUUAUAAGCUUCAAGCUGAAGACUAUAAGUUUGACUUUCCAGUCUCCUACCUGCCUGGUCCUGUGAAGGCAUCCAUCCAGGAGUGUGUCCUCCCUGACAGUCCUCUGUACCACAACAAAGUCCAGUUCACCCCUGCUGGGGGCCUUGGCCUGAACCUGGCCCUGAAUCCGUUCGAGUAUUACAUAUUCUUCUUUGCCUUGAGCCUCAUCACUCAGAAGCCACUACCUGUGUCCCUCCACGUCCGUACUUCAGACUGUGCCUAUUUCAUCCUGGUGGACAGGUACCUGUCAUGGUUCCUGCCCACCGAAGGCAGUGUGCCCCCACCACUCUCCUCCAGCCCAGGGGGCGCCAGCCCCUCACCACCUCCCAGGACACCAGCCAUGCCCUUUGCUUCCUAUGGCCUCCACCACACUAGCCUCCUGAAGCGACACGUCUCUCAUCAGACGUCUAUGAAUGCAGACCCAGCCUCCCAAGAGAUUUGGCAGCUAAUGCUUUUUUUGCAGGUUUUUGUUGAAAUGUGGCUUCACCACUAUUCCUUGGAGAUGUACCAAAAAAUGCAGUCCCCACAUGCCAAGGAGUUGUUCACACCCACUGAGGAGCAUGUACUGGUGGUGCACCUGCUGUUGAAGCACCUGCAUGCCUUUGCCAACAGCCUGAAGCCAGAGCAAGCCUCGCCCUCUGACCACUCCCAUGCCACCAGCCCCCUGGAGGAGUUCAAACAGUGCGUGACCCUCCCCAUCCCCUGCACGGCCAUUGUCCCGAGGUUCGUCCAGCAGAACUAUCUCUUCCUGCAGCAUUGGUUUGGUCGCUGGCCCCUGGAUGCAUCAUUCAGAGCUCUGAGUGUCCUGGAGAUGUGGCUGAGCUACCUGCAGCCGUGGCGGUAUGUACCUGACAAGCAGCCUCUGGGCAGCGACUCCAAGCCCCGGUUUGUUUCAGAGAAAAAGGCGCCCUUUGUCCUGGAGAACCUGCUGGUGUACACCAAACUGUUCGUGGGCUUCCUGAACCAUGCGUUCUGCACAGACCUGGUCGGCCCCAAGCACGCACUCAUGGUGUUCCGAGUGGCUAAAGUCUUUGCCCAGCCCAACCUGGCUGAGAUGAUCCAGAAAGAGCUGGUUAUCCCCCACUGCCAGCACCAACUCUUCAUGGCCCCCACAUUCACUGGCAGCUUCCUGUCACUGUGGCCACCAGCAGUCACUGAUGCCUCCUUCAAGGUCCUACACUUUGCUCAGCUCAUCACGCAGGCCAAGCACACAGCCAAGUCCAUCUCAGAUCAGUGUGCGGAGGGCCCAGCUGGCUACCCCUUCCUGUUGUGGCUGGGCUUUGGCCCCACAGACACCAAUGGCUCCUACCCAGCCAAUGACCUGGAUGAGAUGGGGCAGGACACCGUCCGGAAGAUGGAUGAAUAUCUGGAGAAGGCCCUGGAGUACCUGCGCCAGAUAUUUCAGGAAUGAGCUAUGGGGCCUGUCCCAUGGUCAUUGGGGUCCCCUUCCCCACAGGAGUCACUGCCCCUAGCCCGUGGUCAGCCACAUACCAAGUCCCAAGCACCACGGAGAUGGAUCCAGUGUUGUGGGAGGCAGGCCCACACCCCGAGUGUCCUGUCUGGGUCCCAUUGUUGCCACGGUUGGAGGCCAGUGGGGUGAAGACCAGUUCCCUCGCUUCACCUUGACGCUGAGGGCAGAGGCACUUCUCUCUGGCAGCUCAGUGACAGGCAGCUCAGGCAGUUCACGCUUGCCUUGGGCACCACGUAGGAUGAGAAUGGAAAGAAGCAGCUCCCCGACUACAUCGUGGGUAAGGGCGGACUCAUCCUCACACCCCUGGGCCGGUACCAGGUGAGAGGUCGGGGUCCUGGAGGCUUGUGGCCUGGCCCCGAUUCAUCCCCAGCUCCCCCCUCCCCCACAAGCAGAGGCCACUAGGCUCCUCUGAGUUGUGUGCAGGGCUGUGUUUUCUGACCCAUCCCCAUGGCCUGGGUUUCUAGAUCAUCAUUGGGCUGUGCAGGUUUGAAAUUGAGUACGAGGGAGACCCAGAGCUACAGCCCAUCUGGAGCUAUGAGAUCGCCAGCUUGGUUUGUGCACUCUUCAGGCUAUUGUCUGCCAUCAACCACAGAGUGAGUGGGCAGGAAGGCCAGCCUGGCCUCUUCAGAGAGGGUUCUGGAUGCUCCUGCUUGGGAUGCAGUCUCGGGGUGGCCUGUGGGGGUGAGGCACUGCUGUCCUGAGGCCUGUGGUGCCACCUCACCAUGCCCCUAUGCCUCCGUGCUUCAGUUUGCAGGCCAGAUGGUGGCUCUGUGUUCCCGGGACGACUUUCUCAGUAGCUUCUGUCGCUACCACCUCAUAGAACCUGGGGUGGCCAGCAGACACCUGCUGAGCCCCGUAGGGCAGACGCAGGUGGCCGGUCAUGCCCGUGGCCCCAGGCUCAGCCUGUGCUUCCUGGGUUGCUAUCCAACGCUGCUUUCAUUGCUGCUGGUUUUUUUUGUGGCCUCCCUGUUCUGCAUUGGGCCCCUCCCCGUGCGCGGCUCAUCGCCCUGGGCUACAUCCUCUACGCCUCAGCCUUGACGCUGCUGACAGAGCGGGGAAGCUGCACCAGCCCUGAGGGCGCCAGCUGCCUUCAGAGCACGGGGGGGAUUUGCCACACAGUCCCACCCUUGGACCUGAGGGGAUCUGGGAACUCCUCCAGAAGGGAAUAUGGUCAUCCUCAGGUUCCUGGGGAGUGGUUCCUGCAGCCACAGAAGCAUCUGGAGGAAACAGAACUGAGAAGGCAGGGCAGAUGUGGUGAAGCAAAGAAGUGGCUGCCAGGCUCAACAGCCAUGCUCUGUGACAGCACAGCUCAGUACCGGCUCCUCCCUCCCUCCACCAAGGACUCACGGCCAAGCCAGCUCUCAGGAACUUUUUUCCAGUAUCCAUUUGGGUACUCUGCUGCAUCAAGCUCAGGAGCCAGCUUGCCAGCAGCCCCUCAGGCCUGGCCUGUCCACUGGCUGGUCUUGAGGUGGGCAGAGUGGGUUGUGGUGCCUCCUCUCCCUGUGUGGGACCAGUAUGGUGGCUCAACCUCCACUCUAGGGAAGAAUCAAAGUUUCUAAGAGCCCUGAAAACACUAGAGAGUGGCUCUCUGCUUACACAUCAGAUGCAAAUAAAGAGAGAGUGGCUCUCCUCUGAUUCUUCACUGUGAGUGAGGGGCAUUCAUUCUUCAUGUUCUCCCAGCUGUUCCAAGACUGGGCCAUAGAAUUUCAUGCUUCAGGAGCCUGAGAUUCUCCAGAGCCCGGGUGCUUCACUACAGACUGCAGUCCAUCGAGCACAUCACCCAGAGCAGCAGCCAGCUCGUGCCUUGUCACAGGUGGGUGCUGGUCUUCAGGCGCUGGGGACACUGCUGGGUUGAUGGGGUCAGAUCCUGCCAGUUUCUGCUCUGCAGCCAAAGAUGGUCAGAAGCAUCACAUCUUCACUAACAUCAAGUAUUCAAAACUAUGGAUUCCCUGACAGAAACCAGCAUGGGGUCUCCUACACCUUCAUUCCCCCACAGACACCAGGGAGAACAGCAUCUUGGUGGUGAUUUUCAAACCAAGCCUUUGUUUUCAGCGUGGGGUGGUGGGGAUUUGCUUUAAUGUUUUUCAAACUGUAAAUGUUUUGGGCUUUGUAUUUAGAUAUAAACUCAGAAUAAUGGCAUUUUAGGACUUGUGACCAAAAAUCAAACCAAACUUGUAACUCAACCAUGGAUCUGAAUAAAGUUGUCCUUGCUUCUGA